CCGCCUGCUGCUCGUCUGGCUGCGUUGACGUCAGCGGCGUGUUGAUUCGCUAAGGCGAGAGAAGAAAGGAGUUAGUGCGUGUUGAGAGAGCGGGUACUGCGAACUGCCUUACUAUGCUGUAGCCCCAGUCCCCCGCGCGCCACACGGACUCCAAACCUGCAACUUAGGUUUCAACUUGUUUACACGGCUAAAGACUCUCCUGAGCGGGGACAGCAAGCCUCAUGAGUCGGCCUCGUGGACUGCAUCGACAUCAUGGAUUUAACUAGAAUGGGUAUGAUCCAGCUCCAGAACCCCAACCAUCCCACUGCCCUGCUGCAGAAGGCCAACCAGAUGCGUCUGGCCGGGACUCUGUGUGACGUCGUCAUCAUGGUCGACAGCCAGGAGUUCCACGCUCACCGGACCGUGCUAGCCUGCACCAGCAAAAUGUUUGAAAUCCUCUUCCACCGCAGCAGCCAGCAUUACACCCUGGACUUUCUUUCGCCAAAGACUUUCCAGCAGAUUUUGGAGUAUGCCUACACGGCCACGCUCCAGGCCAAGGUGGAGGACUUGGAUGACCUGCUGUAUGCAGCAGAGAUCUUAGAGAUUGAGUACUUAGAAGAACAAUGCCUCAAAAUCCUGGAAACCAUCCAGUCCUCAGAUGAGAAUGAUGUGGAGGUCAGUGCUAACGAUGGCAGCACAGAGGAGGAUGAGGAGCGCAAAGGCCAAAAUGGAGCCAAACUCUCCAAGAAGCAUUCCAUGGAGAGUCACUAUCUGCCAGGUGCCCAACACGUCUCCAACAUGACGGGUAUCGUUGACCAGAGCCCGUCCGUAUCCACUUCCUUCCAUGUCUCCAACCUGAGUCCCACCAAGGCUGCUGUGGACAGUCUGAUGAGCAUCGGUCAGUCUCUGCUGCAGCAGGGCUUCGGCGGGGAGCAGCUCAUCCAUGGCAGCUCCCACCACCUCAUGACUGAAAUCAAGACUGAAACAAUGCAGGUGGACGUGGGUGGCAACGGCCACGAAAGCCCUCAAAACAUGGAGUCUAGUGCCUCCAGCAACGGAGAGCGGAGCGGGGAGGACAGAAACCGCGACGGUCCAGGCACGCCCACCAGGAGCAGCGUGAUCACCAGUGCUCGGGAGCUGCACUACGUCCGUGACGAGGCCAUGGGCGACCAGCAAGCUGAAGUGAGCCAGAUGGGGCUGGAAGCGAUGGCAGGGAUGACAGAAAAACACCUGGCCUCGUUGUAUUCCCUACCCGUCAAUCAUAAAUCAGAUGCCAUGAUGUCCAUGCCAGUAUCGAUGGCCUCUGCCCUCCCCAUGUCCCCGGCCCUAGCCAUGUCCAUGGACUUUAGCACCUAUGGGGGUCUCCUGCCUCAGAGUUUCAUUCAGAGAGAAUUCUUCAGCAAGCUGGGGGAGCUGGCAGUGGGCAUGAAGCCAGAUGGCAGGAACCAGCAUGAACGGUGCAACGUUUGUGGUGCAGAGCUACCUGAUAAUGAAGCUGUGGAGCAGCACAGAAAAAUGCACAGUGGAAUGAAGACCUACAGCUGUGAGUUGUGUGGGAAGAGCUUUCUGGACAGCCUCCGUCUACGGAUGCAUUUGCUGUCUCAUUCAGCUGGUGAGAAGGCCAUCGUCUGUGACCAGUGUGGCGCCCAGUUCCAGACGGAGGAAUCCCUGGAGGCUCAUCGGCAGAUCCACACUGGGUCAGACAUGGCCAUCUUUUGUCUACUGUGUGGCAAACGUUUCCAGACCCAGACAGCACUGCAGCAGCACAUGGAAGUGCACGCCGGCGUCCGCAGCUACAUCUGCAGCGAGUGCAACCGGACCUUCCCCAGCCACACCGCACUCAAACGCCACCUCCGCUCGCACACAGCAGGGGACCAUCCAUUCGAGUGUGAAUUCUGCGGGAGCUGCUUCCGAGACGAGAGCACGCUGAAGGGCCACAAACGCAUCCACACUGGGGAGAAGCCCUAUGAAUGUAACGGCUGCGGAAAGAAGUUCAGCCUCAAGCACCAGCUGGAAACCCACUACCGUGUGCACACAGGUGAGAAGCCAUUUGAGUGCAAGCUGUGCCACCAGCGGUCCAGGGACUACUCUGCCAUGAUCAAGCACCUGCGCACCCACAAUGGCGCCUCGCCCUACCAAUGCACCAUCUGCCUGGAAUACUGCCCCAGCCUGUCAGCCAUGCAAAAGCACAUGAAAGGUCACAAGCCAGAAGACAUCCCCGCUGACUGGCGCAUAGAGAAGACCUACCUGUACCUGUGCUACGUCUGAGACUGGGAAAACGAAUGAAGAGGGAGGAAACGGGGUUGAGAAGUGAGAGGAGUGUAACGGAGGGGAUAGGAGGCACUGGUCUUGAAGAUUGUGGAAUGUCAACGAAAAGACACUCGAAGCAAGAGUUUGUUUUCUCUUUUCUUUUUUAAUGCAAAGGUGGUGAUGAGCAGCUGUGUAAAAGGGCAGGAGUGGCAAGGCAAAGAGAAAGAAGAAAGACGGAUACGGAGAGAUUCUCCACCAUUGUUCGGAUUCAUCGGGUCUUUCACUACAUCUGCAAUUAUGUUCUUAUUUCAGGUCAUUUCGCGCAGCGCCGUAAAGCAAGUGUGCUGCAAGGAAGUGGCUCUUCAGAUGCCGUUGCCACAUUGGUGAGAAAAUUGAUUCUCAGGGACUAUCUGGUCUGCACCUCAUGAAUCAAGUCCUUCCUUUAACUGUGUCUUCAUUCACUUUGCGGUCUUUCUUCUUGAACAUCAAGGACCUUCUAAUGACCACAAACCAAUGUUUCUGGGUGUUCAAAAAUGGCGUAUUGAAUGAUACGGCUUUGUAAUUUCUUUUCAAUCUCAAACGUGUUUGCUUUGUUACUUCUUCCCUUUAAUACCCAGUUUAAUAUCUGUUGGUCCACAUGUUCUAAAAAAGAAAUCAGUAGUUUUAGAGAUGUGAGGAGCUGCUGUAGGUAGUCCCUGAGAAUCAGAUGUAGAGCCUGAGGGUUUAUGCAGUAGAUGAAGCAGUCCGACUGGACAAGUGAGCGCGUGAAUGCUGCAAACCAAGCACCCAUUUGGUUCCGAGCAGGGAAGACGCAAGCGCUGCUUUUCAUUGGAAGUCUCCCCAGCUUCCUUCAGCAGUUUUCCUGGUUUUGUACGUCUUUUGAAAAAGGACUGGAGAAAGCUGAGUCACCACGGGCCACUUACGGUUCUCCACACAGAACCAAAGGCUAACUUGUGUUACUUUUUCUUUUAUUGGUCAUAUAUUACUACUUUGUUUAAGCUCUGCAUCAUAGUUUAUCAAGGCUUGAUCGCACAGGUAAAACAAACUACGACAACAGUCUCUGUUUGAUGUCAGCAAAGGUAUAUAAACCCUUCAUAGAAUUAUAACUCGCUUUAGCAGUAUCGCACAUUAAACUCAGCCUGUUCACCUAUUCAGCAAUAGAUAACUGGACCGCUUUUGUCCAUGCGCAUUUAUCCCGUUGGCUGUCCGUAUCUCACACUAGCGUACAUGAACUGACUCUGAAACAGUAACGCUUUGACCGCAGUAUCCAUUCACCACAGUGGAGGAACUGGGAGGACGUUGUGUGAAUCCUGUGACUUAGACUGUGGAAGUUUGUCAGAGAUGGUGUGGAAGUUUGACUCCCUAACAACAUCGAACCAUGCAUAAAGGGGGAAAGCACGCUGUAGCAGGUUAAUGCUGUCAUCAGAAACCUCUGACUCCCAACAUUUUUGGCGCUCCAACAUUGCUCAUGCAACAAGAAGAUUGUUCCGAUCUUUUAAGGAGUAUAUUUUGAGACUGGAUUAGCAAGCUAGUGCCUAGUCACUAUGAGGCCAGUAAUAAAGUAGACUAACCUGGAAAAAAUUACUGUUUCAGGCAAAUGUUAUUAUACAAACAGUUAAACCACUUAGAAACAUAUACAGGCUUUUUACGGCAAAAAUAUAUAGAAACUUAAACUAGAUAGCUUUAAUUUCCACCAAAUUAUUACGCAGAUCAUAGAAUUCUAUGCAAAUAACCAUGUAUGGGGAACAUUAAUGCAAGGGUUUGUAGAAUAUUUUUACAGUAAUAGCUCUAUUUCUUAGUAUUUCUUAUUUUGAAGGAUAUAGAAAUCUGUUUUGGAACUGGCGUCCCUCUGACUAGCUGUUAGCUCGUCAAUCCACUCAGAACAACCUUGUUUCUGCAAACUGAGGCUGUUCAGAGAACUAAAUUGCUUUUAUUUAUUUAUUUUUUGGUAAACUUUCUACAGGAUUUGAAAUAAUUUAAUCAAAUUUCAUUUUCCACACAUUAAAUAAUGUUCAUUGACUUGAAUUGGUAAACUUCAGCUUGCUAGCAUUAGCUGCAGUGUGGACGUCACUGUUUCUAAGGGGGUAUUUUUGUGAUGUAGCAUUGAACCUGCAGGGCACGUAGAGUCAAACAUAUCAUGACAGCAUCAUCUUGGAAAUUACGUAUCUGAAUGUCUAGAAGACGGGAAGGGAAGUCGUGGUUUGGAUGAAACGGCUAAAGAGGCGACCUGCUGGACAGCAGAAUAAACCAACUCUGUGUGGUUUUGUUUGUGCGCUUUGUCCCUCUUUAUUGUUGACCUUGAGUUUGAUCUUAACACAUUGUACUUGAAUUACCUCUUUUUGUGACCUCAUGUCCUUUGCAUAUUUUAAUUUCCCCUCGUGUGUUUUUGUUGUUUUCGUUCCUGAGUGCAUGUCGGAAGAUGCAAAGCAAAUGUGAUGAGGCGGCGUGAGCGCAGAAAGUUUAAGUGCCACAGAGAAGAGAUUUGUUUGGGACGUUUGCGUGUGGUUUUUUCUUUGUGCUCAUUUGUUACCAAACUUGGUAUUAUUAUUAACCCUGUUUGUUAAAGAGCCGGAAGGUUUGGUCUUUUGUUAAGAGAAAAAAAAGCUACCUCUAAGUUGUGUUUUGGGCAAAAACAUUAUUUUGUGAGUGUGUUUUUGUUUUGCAUUAUUUGUCAGUGCUACUUCAUCUCGUGCUUUUUAAGUUGUGUUUUUAAAGAAAAGUGUAAAUAAAAGGGUAAUAGAGGUUGGCAAGAUGAGAAAAGCAUCAGAAUGGACAUUUAUUCUUAUCUAUAGUCUCCCCAUGCACCUCCUAUGACCGAAAAGCAGAGGCAGGGGGGCAAUUUCGAAGCCUUAAGUGACGAAGAAGAGGAACGUGGCGGAUGAGACGCAGUACUUUUUGCUUUUUAAGAGCGUUUAAAAACAAGAACUUAAACUUGAAAAUAUGUGAAUAGAGUUGUAGUUUUGUAAUGUGAAAAAAUAACUGAAAAAAGACACAAAAGAGAAGGUUCACCAAGAAUGCUGCACCGCACACGACAGGCUGUAUUUGCAGCGAUGCAGAGCGCCGGACAAUUGGAGCUGCAAAUCGAAAUAAAAGAUAAACAAAAAAGAUGAACCAGAAGGUUAAAAAUAGAUUCUCUCAGCAGACAACCGUGUAUUCCUGAACAAGAGCCAGCAGAGGCAGUUUGAUAUAUAAAAAUUGUGAUAUUUUUGUAUUGAGUGUCAGUCCUUUUCCCAUUUGUGGAGGGUUGAAGCAGGGCACAAACAUUUGUAUUUCUUUUUUUAUUAUUUUGUUUCUCCUCUCUGGGUGUGAAUCAUUUUAAUGCCUUGCUCCUCUUUGAUAUCGUUGGACAAAAUGAAAAUGAGAAAAAAAUCGUGUGUGAACAUGUUGUGAUAAGUGUUGCUUUCUGGAUGUCAGUUGCUUGUAGGUGACAGACUAAAUCUAUUCACCGCUAAAUUUUACAAAGUGUGUGUCGAAGAUUUAAAAAAGAAAAAAAUGGGGUGAUACAAUUUUUUUUAAGAAGCGGAACGGUGGCAAGAUGCUGGCCAACCGACUGAUUAGUACUUGUCAUUCAGUUUUUUUCAAUCAAACUUGACUGUCGACAAUUUUUAGUUUGUUUUUGUACUUGAAAAAAAAAACAAAAGAAGGGAUGGCACGUCCCGUGGUGUCUUGCCAUUUUUUUUCUCCAACACUGUGAGCUGAGGGGGGGCUUUGUCCCCCCUCGGAUAAUAUCCUCCCACUAUAAUAAACCGUAAACCCAGUCACGGUUCAGUCUGAACACCACAAUGCAAGACCUGUGCAGUCACAUUAUUCUCAUCGUCGUCCUCUGAAUGUUUUCUACUUUUUUGUGCGGGUGGAAAAGUAAAAAGAGUGUGUAACUGUGUGUGUGAGUGUGGGUGUGUGAGUGUGUGUGUGUGUGUGUCAGUGAAACAAUGCACUAAUCAGAUCAGAUUCAAAAUAAAAUGAUAUUCUAUGCCAAUUUUUUCUGUUUAAAAAAGAAAUAUAUAUAACGACAUUGGCAUCGAUAAAGUUCUUCCCUGAGUGUUCCUCUGAUGUUUCCGUAUCUUUGUGCCUAAAAAUGGAAAUUGUUCAACAAAAAAUAUCCAUCUAUAUCUGCUUCCUUUCUGUAUUUCCAGAAGAAAAUAAAAGUGUUGUCUCCAGCACCCUAGGGAUGUCAUGAAACUCCACUUAUACUGCUUUGUUUUGUUCAUUUGUUUAAUCGUGAUCAUUGCAGUACUUCUGUUUGCCGUGCUAUUGAAAAAGCAUCUGCAUCCAUUAGUUUUGCUGCAUUUUUAAAGCAUUUGUGGAGCAGCAUAAACAUUUUUUGAGAUAAAUUCCCCCUAAAAUGCAUUUAAAAAGGCUUCUGGGAAAUGUAUGUUUUUGUUUUUUGUUUUUUGAGCUCGAUAAGCCCGAGCCUGUUUGGUCAGCAACAGGUUUGCUGAUGUUUUUUGAAUCGGGGAUGUGGAAUUCGUCUGAGAGGAAUCAUGACAUCCCUGGAGCUGGCACUAUGUGUUUUGGUGUGGUGUUGCUAGAACAAAUUAGCCGUUUCAUGCAGUGUCGCCAUGCAUGUGCCAGGUCUAGACUAAAGCUGUCUGAGUAACAAAGCACCAAGACAUUGUAUUUUUUUAUCUUAGCACUGAGGACCAAUCGCCCUGUCGGACCAAGCGUAACAAAGCUUCCCUCUGUCCUUUCCUGGCUUGUCUGUGUUACUUCUCUCCUCCAUUGUCGUGACAGCACAAGUGCCAGUCAUAUUGCUCUGUAUUAAAAAGAUAGUGUUUUUAUUAUGAUUUGAAUUUUAGUUUUUGUCUACCUCAGCACCUAAACUUAGCCUAAUCUUAGAAGGUGCCCAAUUAUUGUUUUUUAUUUUAUUUUUUGUUGGUUUGUUCUCUUAUUGUCGUCAGUUGUAAAAAUAUAUUAAAAAACUGAGAAAAAUGUUUUUGAAAUUUGCAUUAGAGCUUUGCAAAGGUCCUUUGUCUUUUCCAGCGACAAUGUGCUUUGUUUUGUUUUUUCCUGUGGCAGUAUGUUUCCUGUUGAACCGUGGCGCCAAUCUAUAGCCACCGUCUGUUGAUAUAGAGGUUGUUCUCCUUUUAUUUUUGUUUGUUUCUUUUCAUGUAGAAUCAGACUCAUCUUUGUAACAUUUCAGUGUUCUCUGAUGGAGUGUGAAAAAAAAUAAAAAGGAAAAUUUAAAAGAUUCAA